UUUUCUCUUUAAAUUUCUUAUAUCUCUGUGCUGAAGUUAGGGUUUUGGGGGCGGUUUCGCACCAACAUUAAGGCGAACCCUGGUGCCGGAAAUCGCUGCCGAAUUCAAUCUCUUUGUCAUCUCCUUCGGAGGCUCUCCGAUUCGUCCGUGAUCAGGAUCAGGGCUUUUUCUCCUUUCUGUUAUCUUCUUCUUGUUCAUACCCUAUCUGACAUCUUGACUAUCUGUCAAAGAGAUUGUUCUUAUGGGUAGUGAGGUAGCACCAGACUUCAUAUUUGACCAGGGUGUAUACUAUCCUCCUGCUGCCAACUAUUAUGGGUAUUACUGUACAGGAAUUGAAUCACCUGGUGAAUGGAAUGACCACCAGAGUUUUUUGGGUUUAGAUGGUCAAGAUCUCCAUUAUUCGGGUCCUGAAAAUUUGCCAUAUGUAUAUUAUGCACCUAGCUAUGGAUAUGCACAGUCUGAUUACAACCCUUACAAUCCUUUUAUACCUGGUGCUGUCAUAGGAGUUGACAGCACAUUUAUAGGAACACAGCAGUACUUCUCCAGCCCCACUUAUCAGCAACCUGUUUCUUCAACUCCUUAUGUUCCGGCCAUUUUUCAAUCUAGUUCUGAUAUUGUCUCAAAUGGUACUAUGGACCCUCUAUUAACCAAUCCUGUUGCAAAAGUUGCUAGCAAAAGUGAUAUUGAAGGUGCAACAUAUGCACCUCCACAAGCAUCUGCAGGUAAGGCUGCCUAUUUGCCAAGGGUUGCAUUCGGGAAAUCAUCAUCAGAAGCUUCAUCCCAACAGUUUCGUGCCCCGGCUACACUAUCAGAAGGGUCAUUAAAUAACAAGCCACCAAGUGAGCAGUGUGCAUCACAUGGAAGCAUGUUGCCCGGCAAUCUUCCUCAUGUGAUCCAGUUUCAGGGGAGAAAUUCUUCUGGUUCAGUUCGAGCAACAGAUAACUUCUUGCAUGGGAGAGCUCCUUCUGUUCAAAAUUCAUUAAAAGUUGACAUGUUGGGCAACAAUGCCCUCAACAAUUUUGGAUCCAAUGUUCAUAAGCGGGCUGCUGUUGAUAAGUUCAGGCCACCAUUUCAGUCAAAUGACUUCCUGUUUAAUGGCACUGGAAGCCCAUAUACGUUGAGUGAGCAAAAUCAGGGCCCUAGAACAAAUGAGGCAAGAGGUCAAUGGACUUCAAUCACCAUCAAGUCCUACACAACUAGAGUGGCUGUCAGUGAUUCGCAGGGAAACAUCAUUAUUAAUGCCAGUCAAUAUAAUAGGGAUGACUUUCCAGUUGAGUAUCCAGAUGCCAAAUUCUUUGUCAUUAAAUCUUACAGUGAGGAUGAUGUGCAUAGGAGCAUUAAGUAUAAUGUGUGGUCAAGCACUCCCACUGGAAACAGGAGGCUUGAUAUUGCAUAUAAAGAUGCUCAGAGAUUAUCUGUGGGGAAGCCUAAAAGUUGCCCUGUAUUUCUGUUCUUCUCUGUUAAUGCAAGUGGGCAGUUUUGUGGUGUCGCUGAGAUGACAGGUCCUGUUGAUUUUCAGAAGGACAUGGAUUUCUGGCAGCAAGAUAAAUGGACUGGUAGCUUCCCUGUCAAAUGGCACAUUGUAAAGGAUGUACAGAACUCUAGUUUCCGGCACAUCAUAUUAGAGAACAAUGAAAACAAACCUGUAACUCAUAGCAGAGAUACACAAGAGAUAGCAUAUAUGCCAGGCAUAAAUAUGCUCAAAAUCUUUAAAAAUAGUACCCUGAAUAGAUCAAUACUUGAUGACUUAAUGCACUAUGAAGAGCGGGAGAGGGUUACACAGGUCGAAAAAUCCAGAUUGCUCAGGAAAACAUAUAACUCCUCUCUCUUUGUACCUGCAUUUGUUCCGACAAACAUAGUCAAUGGUUCUGUUAAUCAGCCACCACCAGCACAUGACAUCCAGCAAGAUGAUAUUGUUGCCCGGUUCAAGAAAGUGGAUGAAAAAUCAGUUGAAAAUGAGUUUCCAAAGAAUGAUGAAAUACAUAGGAAUUGUACAGUUAGUUGGCCUUUCAAUGUGGAUGGUGAACAACCAAAUGGUAUAGUGAAGCAGCAUUUGAAAGUAGAUGGAAAAGAUGACAAACAACCAAAUCUUAUAGCGGAUAAGCUUCCUGAACUCAAUGGAAAGCAAUUGCUUGAUGUAGCUGAUCAGCAUUUGGAAGCACAUGAGGAGCAACAGAAUGGUACAGUUGGUUCUCCAAAAGCUGAUGGAAGGCAAAUGGACUAUACAGUCACUCGGCCUUUAAUUGAUAAAAAACAACCAAAUAGUUCAGAUGAUCGGCCUUUAAAAGGGGAUGGGAGGCAGCUAAAUUAUUCUGUUCAUCCUUCAAAGGCAAAUGAAAAACGAUUCGAUGGUACAGCUGUUAAAGCCUCAAAAGCAGAUGGCAAACAAGCAAAUAGUACAGUCCCUCGGACUCCAAAAGCAGGUGGCAAGCGAUUUAACGGUAUGGUUCAUCACUCACCAAACAUUGUAGAAAGUCCAAUCAAGCCUGAUGAUUCGCAGAUUUCAGUCAAUAUGGCUCUCACUAAUGACCAGGCUUUCCCAAAACUGGGUGUCACCAGACGGCCAGAUGGUAAAAAGGAUGCCAAGCCUAAACCAAUAGUAAAUCCUAGUGGUGCAAGUCCUAUCAUGAAGAUUGAUUCUCUUUCUAUCAAUUCCAGUAUAAGUGAAGCUGACUGCUCAAAUGCUGCAGCUGAUGUUGUCACUGUUGGUUCAGUGCACAUCAAGGUUAAAGAUUUCGGUGAACCUUUCUCUGAGGUUUUAACUUUUGGGAUCAUUCCAGUUGAUCGGCGAUAACCAAAGCUGAACAAGGAGUGAAGUUGAGGUAUUGCGUGCGCUUGACCAGUGCGUUUUGUUAUAGGUUUCCCUGCAUGAUGGUACCACCAUAUUUUUUUCUCUGAAAAACCCGCCUAGUUCGGCUGUCUGAUAUUUUCUUCCCAUCCUCUUUUCCUGGCCAGAAGUUUAUAAGAGUAUUAGAUGUUGGAUGUUAGAAUCUGUUCUUUCCUGCAGCAACAUGGCAUAGGGAGUUUUGACAUCCAAGUUGAUUUUGUUUUUGACUUUUGGAUUCUUUUAUACUUUUGUUGAUUCCGAAAUGUAUACUGAAGUCUUACAAUUUAUGAACUUCAUACCUUUCAUGAAAUUCAAAUACAGAAGCAAACUUUAAAUUCCCAUUUA